UUGACAAACAAAAAUCUCUACAAGAGACUAAUUUAAGUAUUGAUAACAUUGUAGAAUGGUAUGAUGAGCUAUAGUGUUUUCUCUCAGUAUGAUACUGAAGUCAGUGUCAAUAGCAAUUGAGGACCGAUGAGAUCUUGGACGUUGUCGGAGUACCGUCAAAAGAGAGUCAUAUCUUGACGGUCUUAACUGCAAACAAUCGUUAUUGUUCAUGGGCAGGUCACAAAAGGACAAGCUGCAGACAUCCGAAUGUAAUGGUUAUAUCUGUACUGCAGUUUCCGGAGCCCUGUACCUCCAGGAUUGUGCACCCGUGAGAGCCUGACUGCCCACAAUGCAGAAGUCAAGUUGUGGGAUGUUUGCAUGCAAGUUGGCCCUGUGUGCGAAGCCGAACGGAGGAUGACGAUGUGUGGAUUGGUAUGGUCGGCAAGCAACACCGGCAGCAUGCUUACGGCGGCAGUCGAGUCUGCACACUGAAUCGGAUUUGAAGGACGGCUGGAAUCAAGAAGUUCAUGGUGAAUUGUCCCGGCGGAGACAGAACUUUGCACAUGUCUUUACAUCGAUAAAUGUGAUUCUUGUGGCGUUGAUCAGUCACAAGGGAAUGAUGAGGGUCGUUGUGCAGCCGUCCAUGUUUAUGUCUUACUAUCUACAUUAAUUUGGAUACCGGGGAGUGAGAAUUUCAAGAUGGACAGCAAGAUGGACAUGAGAGUGAGAAUUUUCCCCGAUGAACUAGUGGAGAAGAUAAUCUCGAUGAUGCCGUUUCCAUCCCUCUUCAAGGCUCGCGUCCUCUCUAAAGCUUGGUGCUCCAAAGUAGCCCCUGUUGUCGACGGCAAUGCCUGUGCAUCCUCCUUCCAGGGACAAGUAAUCAGUUGUUUGAGUAAAUGGCUUAGCUAUUGCCCGGCGCUUUUGAAUGGGGACAGAUUCAUAGCGUAUGACAGAGAUUUGAGGCGUUGGAGGAAGAUGAAAUUGUUGUCUUACCUCCCCGAGAAUUUCAGCAGGCUGCAGGUGAAAGUCGAGGGAUGUCUUCUUUGUGGGUACGUUAUUCCGGAGGCUGGCAAUUCGGAAUGCAACCUGUAUGUAACUAAUGUGCUGACCAGGAGCUGGAAGCUGCUACCAAGACGACCUAACAUGAGUCAGGGGCUCACUAAACAUUUAUUCCUUGAUCAUAAUUCGUACCAGGUGAUCUUGUUCUCGGAAUCUCAAAAUCCAGGACCUAAUCAGUAUACCUACGACGCUCAGAUUUACAACUCAAGACUUGAUACUUGGACCUGUACUAAUCUCACCACCGACGAUUCUGUCUGCCUUAGUCCUCCCAGUCGGUACCUCGAUGGAACUCUCUACUUGGUCACAACAAACAGCUCGAGAUCUCAACAGAUUGUGAUACUGGCGUUUAAUGUGAAGGAUAGUACAUUUUCCAGACACAGCUUGUCAUUUUAUCUGGAUGCUCCUUCUGCUUCAGUAAGUUUGGUGAUUUGUGGGGGCGAUGUGUUGGCAGUGAUGUCCCGGGCCUCCCCUCCCAUAGAGGAGAUUCUUGCUCUGCGUGGUGACUCGGAUGGUUUUAUUACACCCAAGCAGAGCAUCCUGGUGACCAAGUUCGUAUCCAGUAGUGGAAAAUUGGCAGAGGUCGCUCGUGGUCCACCAGAAACGGUUGAUCAUGCAGUUUCCAAUCACCCCAUUUCGGACGGCACCCAGAUCUAUUUUGGUGGGCGAGCAAGUAGUCCAGUGCUGACGUACAAUGUGCAGAAUGAGGAAUGGGGUUUGUUACCGGCUGCUCUUGGUUCUGACGAAGAUGUGUGCGAGUUAUUUGGGAGUAUAUGGAACGCGUUUAACUUCCAGCCUGGUCUGAACCCGUUUAUGGUCGUCUAGUUCCAGCAUUCGCAUUACAGGGUAGCAGAUCAUAAUGAAGCUGAGGGAGCGGCCUGUGCACCAUGCGAAAAGUCUGCUUGAAAGGCUCACGUACAAAAAGGGCAUGAAACGUCAUUGGCCAAACUUGCCUGCACGCCCGUCUCAUCCUUAUAUUUUGUGCCUGAAACUAUGAAAGGCUGAUUAUCAAGCCAGAUUUCUGCGGUUGAUUGUUGGUGAUUAGAGAUGAGAUCCCUAGUCUUUGGGCCUCGUCGAAGAGUAAUGGAUUCUUGAGCUUUCGUCGAUCAAGCUGUUUUUGACAACUUGGAGCGGCUUUGUAAACUCGUCUUGGAAUUGUGAGUUCAUAACCAUGUGAAAGUCUAUCCCGGAUUCUCAAUGUUCUGAAUCAGCGUUACAGGGAUUGUACUCCUCUGGAUCUGGUCGUUCUCUCAUACUUAACCAAGAUUUGGUGAAACGCGCAUUGAAGCUUGUGUUCUCUUUAAAACUCUAUGCUCAAGCAAAUUAUUUUCACUUUAAUUUACAUAAUGUCCAGUCUCUGUAGAAUUGGAGGAUUAGGCUGCUGUGUGGGAAGGAGCUGUGUUCAGGAACGCAUGUUUAGUGCAUCUUGCUUUUGCGUGAGAUAUUUGUGGAGAUAUCGCUGGAAGGAUACUAUUUUGGAACAUUUGUACAUAUGCCCUCCAAGCUAGUUUCUGGGGGGUACACCUUAGGUAGUGGAGUUGAAGUCGCGGCAAGAGGAUAUAUGAUGAAAAUGAAACUGAUAAUGCUGUGCAUUUCAUCUUGUUGUUUCCAGUUUUCAUAAUGUCGCGAGCGGAAUCGAUAUUGGAACUGUGGGAUUUUUUUGAACGCUUGCAUCAUCGUGGGGUCCUUUUGGAUAGUUAAAAAACCAGGAUUGUAAAUUUUAUAUUGUGAUACAUUCAUCGUUUCAAUUUUGGCCAUUACAAGUCGAGUUGUUUGUUCAUCACUAUAUGAGGUCCUUUUUGCAUCCGUAUUUAUACAAAUACCCAUUUUAUCCUGGCCUCUGUCCAUUAGGGUAAGCUUUACAGUCGC